UUUCCCAGUCUGUGGAAGCCCACCGUUUCCAACUCAGAGCUGACAGCGCGGCUCCGGCUGCCUGGGGAGAGCCAGAGGAGCUCCAGGCCUUAGCCCCGCCCCGCCCCGCCCCGCUCCGCUCCGCCGGCCUGGGUGGCUGCUAUGCCCCAGGUCCGCCAGCUCCAGGCCGAGUGUGUAGCAGGCGCGCGCGUGUGUGUCUGCGUGUCUGCGCGUGUGUGUCGGGGUGUGUGAGAUGAAUUGGAGUCAUACGACUGGGCGUUUCCUUCCGAGUGGUUUUGAUCAGCAAUCCAUUAGGGGGAUCAUGGAAACUUUUUUUCUGGCUAAAAGGAUGAAAACUGAGUCAGUCACUUUUCACUGUCAUUCAUGGAAGGACUUUUAUUAACCACCUCAGACUUUUUGGGACCUACGAUCUUUUGGCAUGACGCUUUGGAAAGUUCUUAAGCGGAGAUGGAGCAAACUUGAUUGGAGUUGUGGAAAAAGAAGACACAUUUGUAUUUUUCAUGCUGACAAAAAAUAGCUGCUAUGACUUUUCCGGCAACGUGGACAGGGGCCAAGUGAAGCUGAACUGGUCAUGAUCUGUCGUCCAGUGUUUCUUUGUCGUCGGCGAUUUUGCCCCCGGCCCUUUUUUGUGGUCUUGGUGGUGGCAAUCUGUCUCUUCUAUCAGACUCUGACCCUCCGAGGGACUAGGAAGCUCACAACCGCUGUCCCCAGGGCUGCCCCCCACACACCCACCGAGACUCAGGCGAGCAGAUGCAGGAAAGGACAUACCCAGGACAAACAGUGCUUCCUUCUCUCCGGUAAUGCACCGGAAAUCAGAAAGAUUGAAGAAUCAAUGGAGACACACUUUGGCAGUCAUGGUAGAAGGGCCAUGCUCUAUAGGCCUCCUUCCUACAGCAAAAUGGAGCUUCAGCUACACCAGCACAUACUUAUGCAGCACGACUACACGGUUGUUAUCACUGAAGAAAGACCCGAAGCUGGCCUUGGGCUGGGACUGCUAGAACAAGGUGAUUUGAGCUCCUGGGAUCUGCUCAUUUGUCUGCCUUCAAGGAAAGCUGAUGGAAAACCCUGUGUGUCCAAGGAGGACAUGUGCAAGUUAAGUUCACAUCAAAGGAUAAAUAUAGUGCCAGAAAUACAGCAACAGCUUUGCAGAAAGGAAGGAUUAUGUCAAAUAAUUAGAAGAUUUCCAGAAUUGAGACUUCCAGUGAGUCCCUCUGUGUGUCUGGAUCAGGGAGUACAACAGCCAAGUACUUCAAGUCAUUUUUUAAAAACAGCGAAGCCACAUAUGUGGAAACCAUGGGACGGGCGACGUGAACAGCUGAAUCAAACAACAGUCCUUGCUCCCCAUGAAACAAUCUUUAGAGCUGAGGAUCUAUCUGUGAUUCUGAAAGCGUAUGUACUGGUGACAUCUCUAACCCCUUUGCGUGCAUUCAUUCAUUCAACGGGCACGGUGUGGAGUCCACCAAAGAAAAAACGUUUCACUGUCAAGCUGCAAACUUUUUUUGAGACAUUCCUGAAGACAAGUUCACCACUUCAGGCAUUUGAUAAUAUGAAGGAAACAAUCAGCAAACUUCUUCUGGCUGCUGAAGUCUUCAGUGAAACGUCUACUCUGGGACCAAAGACCUUCCAUAGAUGUAGAUUAUGCUUUCAACUUUUAACUUUUGAUAUUGGUUAUGACAGUCUCAGGUACCCUAUAGUGCUUCAGGUGCACGAGCAUUUGAAUUUUCAAGAUGAUGAUAACAUGGAUUUUGAGGACCAAAAUACAGAAGAAUUCUUGUUAAAAGACUCUUUCAAUUUUCUCUUCUCCAAUGACUCUUCGCUUUCCUUAUUUUCAGAGAUAUUUCAGAGACUUUAUAGAUCUGGUGUAUUUAAGGGCGAAAAUGAAAACUAUCAAAAGGACCUAAAUCAAUGUCUGGCUUUAGAAGAAAUUGACUCAAUUAUGACUUUCAUAAAGGAACUUGGGAGUCUGGGGCAGUUUCAACUGCUCUUUCCAUCUACCACUCCUGGGAUUCGAUCUUUGAUGCAUGAAUUUUAUGAUACAACAAAUCCUUUGGGAAAACCUGGCUCAGUCCUGACCCAGUAUUGGUCUCUUUUAAAUGUAUUUGAACAAUUUUGGCUCCUGAAUAAAAAAGCCCAGCUACAUCCACUGGAAUGGACUUCUUUCAUAGAAGACGAGAACAUUGAAAACCCUCCAGUGUCAUUUGAUACACAUGAAAUCAAAAAAGCUGCAGCUCCACAAAUUAUGAACAAAAAUAAAGAUAUACAUUGCAGUAAUGAUAAAGAAACACUAUGUCAUAUCAAGGAGAUCUUCACACAUCCACAGUUGGAACUAAAUCCUGACUUUAACCCAAGGAUCAAAGAUUAUUAUUCCGAAGUCCCAUUUGAUGUGGUAACGGUGACAAUUGGGGCAGUGACGUCUAAGUGUCAGUGCACAGUGCACCUGUAUGAGCGGGCAGGGCCGAGCUUUGCCAACUACCCUCUUGGCUUAGGAAUGAACAAAAUCUCCAUGCUUGUGGUGGAUGAGUCUCCAGCAGAGGGUGAGACUCUGGUCACAUACAAACUCACCGUCUAUAGAGAAGACCGCCCAAGCCUGCCCUUCUUUGAGGACUUCACAGCGUGUGGUUUUGUGCAGGAUUGUGGCCUGUUAAUUCACCCAGAGGAGAACUGUGGGUUACAACCUAUUUCUCUUGAGUACAUUGAAGCCAUUUCACACCCUGAACUGAAGAUGUGUCCAUCUGGGGACAUAAAAGGCCAGUGGAUCGUGCCUUGCCUUAGUUGUUCAGACAACAGGACCUGUGACUGGAGAGAAAUAACUUGGCAGCCCCACAACUGCCAACAUGGUGUCCUAACUAAGCCUCAGCUCCAGCAGUGCCUGGGAGGAAGGAAGAUUCUUUUCAUUGGUGAUUCAACCAACAGAGGGAUCAUGUACUAUCUGAUUGAAAGACUAAAUGAAACGCUCCAGGAAUGGCAGAAGGUGCAUGGAACUAAAUUGUAUCCCAACGUCAAUGGUGGGAAGACAUUGGUUAGUUACUCCUACUAUCCCCAGUUUUGGAUAAGUCCUUCACUGAGACCAACGUUUGAGAAAGCACUUGAACAUCUCCUGCAAAGAUCACGUCCCCUAGAGAAUACUGGCCAGACUGUAUUGGUUGUUGGUGGUGUUCAGUGGCUUAAUUCCAACCACCUGCAAAUUAUUCACAAGGUUUUGAAAAGGGAAAAUUUACUCAAUAUCCUAGUGAUCAUCAAAACUUUGGGAAUUGGAUUCCAUCUGCCAGUGGACGGAGUGCAUUUCUUAACACAGAGUGAAGUACAAAAUGUAUGGAAAGAAAAUAUGAUUAUUCUGGAUGCUGCAAAAAGUUAUGGCUAUGAAGUGGUUGACACAUUCACUAUAACCAUGGGGCGAUAUAAAGAGUUUCUGCAGGGCAGUUGUGGAUGUCAUUUCCAUGAGGUAGUGAAAUCAAAGUUAUCCCAAGAAUUCCACUUUAUUAAAAUGAAAAGAUCAAAGAAUCAUACAGUGGGAAAAUAUUUCAGCAAUCAAAGUAAACUACAACAAGACUUUGUAACAAAUCUUCAAUCACCAUAUCAUGUCAGAGGUCCAAUAAAUCAGGUUUGUUCUGAAAUCCUUCUCAGCAGGAUGUGUGCAAGUAAAAGGACCGUGCGGGCUCCCUAAAGAGUAACUGAGUUUGGAGAUGGAGACAGGCUUCUCACCUGGAUGAUGGGCAGAGAACCAAACAACGUGCCUCACUUGUAUUUCAGAUCAACCACACACUCAUGCACACUAGCACACACCUGCACACCAAUGCAUAUUUUGCUUUAAAAAAAAAGAGUAAUAAGUUUUUCCUAUAGCUUUACAAAGUCAAGAUGUGAAUUUGAACAAUUAGUUGGUUUUAGAGUGAAUGACAAAGCUAGAAAAUGAUUACUUGAAAUAUAAUCAAAAUCUAGGACCACCGUGGGCCGGGUAUUGCCUUUUGAUCAUAAACAGGAACAUAGACACUUGAAUUAAAUGGGAAAGAGGAUCAGGCUCUUCAGUAUUGUGUUAAAUUCUCUGCAGGUACAUUGAUUUUAAAAUGCAAACAAGCAAUUACAUUCCACGUGCAAGUAGGAAUUUUGCUUAUGUUCUUUACCAGGAGAAAAUGUGGCUUUUAGGAGGACUUAGACUUUGUGAAUCUUAUGCUUAUGAAAAACAUUUCUUCUUUAACUUUUAAAAUUUUAUAACUGAAAGGGAAACAACAGAAAUGCUGCCCUACAAGGACUUUGAAGAGAUUCUAUGAGAGAAAUAGGAAGUGAAAUAUUUUACAGUUAAUACACCAAUAUUUAAUUCUUUACUCCUUGUGUUUUUCAUAAACAUUCCUUCCUGUCUUGUCUGUGAACCUAGAUGGGUAACUGCAGUCUAAAUUGAUGAUUUAGAUAAUUUUAAAGCAAGGAACAAAAUACAGUUCCUCAUGUAUUACUUUAUUAUGUUCCAUGUAUGAUAUUAUGCAACAAAGCUUUUGUUUGCUGCUAUUGACAGACUAUGUAAUUGAAGAUUACAAUUACAUUUUACAUAAAUAUUUUGCAAAGGAUUAUGUAUUCUAAGUGGGUUAGCAUAAAGCAUUUGCACAUGUCCCCAAAUAGUACUGUUACUAGUAUCUAUAGUAUCAUUUUUCUUGAGCAACUAUAUCUAAUCCAAUUUAGAAUAGAGCAUAAAUUUAUUUAUUCAAAAAGUGGUAGCAGACAUACAAAAUGUACCUAAUACCAGUAUCCAAAAUUUUCUUUUCUAUAUUUUUAGGUUCAGAAUGGUUAAUUUCCUAAUUAUGCAAAUGCUCUUUUUUGAGAUUACAUUUCACCUUUAAGGUGGCUUUUAAAGGAUUAUUUUUCUUUUGAGGAAAAAAAAGCUGACAUGCUUAAUUCAAUAUAUGGCUGAAAUUACAUAAUUUAUAAAUACCUCGAUUUCAUUAAAAUACAAAAAUGAAACUAUUUUGAUUGAGCAAUUCUUUAGUAUGAAUAUUAACUUCCUUCAAAUACUCUAUUUUUAUAUGUAUUUUUAUAUGAACGUACACAUAAAUUUAUAUUUAACUGCCUUAAAGUAUAUUUAAAUGCAAAUAUCACUUGAUAUAAACAAUAAUAUAGGCAUUUUACAGAUGAUAGAUUAUUUUUUAAGAAAAUGGUACAGAAUUAACUUAAAAAUAAAAGAUAUUUCUGGUAUCUUUAUCUACAUGCAAACUUCAGUUUUAGAUUCUCUGAGAUUUUUUUUAAAUGUUAUAAAAUGUUAUCAUUUCCUGUAGCUGCUCCAUCAUGUUUCAAUGUAUCAUUGACAGUAUUUCAGCUGUUUCUGCAUUACACUGUGACCUGGAUUGUAGUAAUCAUCUGGCUGAGUUAGUCUGGUGUGUGCCUCUUCACCAUUGAAAUAAUAAUGGAUUUUAGAAAUAAUUGUAACAAUACUAUUAAUAAAUGUCUUACUAGUAA